AUGCCCCUCCCCGUCGCUGGCGACUUCCCCUCGCAUGCUACCGUCGUGCUGUCCUACCCGGGCUCCUCGGACAGCACGCCGCCGCCCACACUCACUCCCCAACAGGCCAGCAACGUCGUGGUGCUGCUGCACGGCCUCGGCGACACCGCAGCCAAGUUCGCCUCGUUCGGACGCGCCCUCAACCUGCCCGAGACCAUCUGCAUAACUGUUCAGGCGCCGUCUCCGCUGCCAGCUGGCCUGGUCGACCAGGAGGCUUUCCAUUGGGGAGAUGAUGUCAUGCUGGACGACGGCGGGCUGUCCAUGGACGCUGGCUUUGACCGUGCUACAAAACUGAUUGCGCGUGAGAUUAUUGCCGAUACACUCGUCAAAAAGCAUGGGUACAAGCUGCGCGAUAUUCUUUUGGUUGGGUUGGGCCAGGGGGGUAUGGCUGCGCUGGCCGCGGCGAGAGAGCUGGGCUUGAAUCCGCCUGUGCGAGAUGAGCUGCCCGAGGCGACACUCUCGUCGUCGACAGCAACAACAGAGCCUACUGGCAGCCGUAAUAGAACCGAGCACCAUGUCUCCUUGUCUGGCGUCGUCUCGUUUGGCGGGCCAUACCCACUGUCAGUCAACGCUGUCGGCGACAAGGACCGCACACCGGUGCUGCUGCUUGCCGGUCGCGAGGGUCUUGGGAGCGAUCUCAGUGAUACCGCGGUCAAGCGAACAAAGGAGGCAUUUCAGUUUGUCGAGCUGCAUCGCUGGUCGAGGCGCGGAGAUGGCAUGCCUCGUAAUCGAGACGAAAUGCUGCCCGCCAUGCAGUUCUUUGCUCGGCGACUGAAGAGCAGAAAGGGAGUUCCGGCUGGCAGUAUCGAGCUGACAUAA